AUGGAAAAAUCAUGGUUCAAUUUGAUCUUGUCUAAGGGAGAAUUAGAAUACAGAUGUGGGCUAAGUAAAUCAAUGGAUAGCCACCUUGGUCCUGUUGAAAAUACUACUGUAAACGAAGACCCGACUAGAAAUGAUACGGAUAAAAACAUUCAUGAUUGUAGUGACAGCUCUAGUUAUUACAGUAAGGUUGAUCAUUUAGUUGACGUCAAAGACAUUCGGAAUUUCAUUUCUGAUGACACCUUUUUAAUUAGGGAUAGUAAUCAGGACCGUUAUUCCAUAUAUUUUGAUAGUGAAAAUCAAAUUUUUGAGCUUAACAAUGAUCAUUCUUUUUUGAGUGAACUAGAAAGUUUUUUUUAUAGUUAUCAUAAUUCUAGUUAUAUGAAUAAUGGAUCGAAAAAUGAUGAGUCCCACUAUCAUUUUAACUUGGAUGAUAAUGAUACUAACUAUGGUUGGAAUAAUCACAUUAAUAGUUGUAUUGACUCUUAUCUUCGUUCUCAAAUCUGUAUUGAUAGUUCCAUUUUAAGUGGUAGUGACAAUUCCAAUGAUAAUUAUAUUUAUAAUUACAUUUGCGGCGAAGGUGGAAAUAGUAGUGAAGGCAAGAAUUUCGAUAUAAUAACUCGUGAAAAUGGUAAUGAUUUAACUCUAAAAGAAAGUUCUAAUGAUCUCGAUCUAUACAAGGAUUUGUGGGUUCAAUGCGAAUGCGAAAAUUGUUAUGGAGUAAAUUAUAAGAAAUCGCUUAAUUCAAAAAUGAAUAUUUGUGAACAAUGUGGAUAUCAUUUGAAAAUGAGGAGUUCAGAUAGAAUCGAACUUUCGAUUGAUCCAGGCACUUGGGGUCCUAUGGAUGAAGACAUGAUCUCUCUGGAUCCCAUUGAAUUUCAGUCUGAAGAAGAGCUUUAUAAAGAUCGUAUUGACUUUUAUCAAAGAAAGACAGGAUUAACUGAGGCUAUUCAAACAGGCACGGGUCAACUAAACGGUAUUCCUAUAGCAAUCGGGGUUAUGGAUUUUCAGUUUAUGGGGGGGAGUAUGGGAUCCGUAGUAGGCGAGAAAAUCACCCGUUUGAUCGAAUAUGCUACCAAUAAUUUUUUACCUCUUAUUCUAGUGUGUGCUUCCGGAGGAGCACGCAUGCAAGAAGGAAGUUUGAGCUUGAUGCAAAUGGCUAAAAUAUCUUCCGCUUUAUAUGAUUAUCAAUCAAAUAAAAAGUUAUUUUAUGUAUCAAUUCUUACAUCUCCUACUACUGGUGGAGUGACCGCGAGUUUUGGUAUGUUGGGGGAUAUCAUUAUUGCUGAACCCAAUGCCUAUAUUGCAUUUGCGGGUAAAAGAGUAAUUGAGCAAACAUUGAAUAAAACAAUACCGGAAGGUUCACAGGCGGCUGAAUAUUUAUUCCAUAAGGGUUUAUUCGAUCCAAUCGUACCACGUAAUCCUUUAAAAGGUGUUCUGAGUGAGUUAGUUCAGCUCCACGGUUUUUUUCCGUUGAAUCAAAAUUCAAUCAAGUAG